AUGUCCCUCCUAGGCACAGCGGUUGGCUCUGAUGCCACGGCUACCAAUAUCUACCUUAUCUCCAUGCUCUCCUCUUCGGAAGACCUGCCUGCGUCUACGCUGGCAACCUGCUCCGUCGUCAACUUUACCCUGACGCAGAACGGGCUCACCCAGCGCCUCCUCGAUGGCAUCGUGCGAUCCGAGGCGCCGAGUCUGUAUCAAGAGCUCCAGAGGCUGUACCAAGCCAAGCCAUGGGAUGAGACGAACGUGCGAAAGGCUGAGGAACAGCUGUUGAAGAUCCUCGCGGAGAACAAAGGGUCGAUUCUGUCUGGUGAUGCCGUGGUUGGGGGCCUCGCGACCAUGGAAGAUGCAUGGAAGAACUUCCACGCUGUGGCCUCCCGCCACAGCUCGGCAUUCGAGGCUGCCAAGCGUUCUCUUCGAUGCUUGCAUCGCCUAGUAAGGCCACUGGCGCUGUUUCUUGAGUCGGCGGAGGCGCUCGCCAAGCUCAAUCGGUUCUACCGGCCGUCUGCCACACAGGUGGCCAUUGCUGCUGCAAAGGCUCUGGCACAAGCAUCCCAGCGCUCGGCUACACUGGAGGAGGUAGCUGACGAGGACUGCAUGGAGGAGGACCAACGGGAGGCAGCCAUGGAGUCCCUUGGGACAGCGGCCAUGUGGGAGGUGUUCCGUUUCCUGGCCAAGUCCCUUGACACCCCGCACCGGCUCCCCUUUGCCUUCCUGUGUGCGGUCGCCCUGGCUCGCCACUGCAAUGGCACGCUUGAGGAUGAUCAGCUGGAACUGUUUUGGAAGGGCCACCGGGCCGUUGAGCCCCUUGCGGCAAAGCUCAACGCACAGCGACAGAGCGCCGCUUCGGCCAAGGAGACCCAGGCACCUCCCAGGCUGAUCAACCCCAAGCAGAUCAAGUCCUCGCCCGACCAGAAGCUGAUCCCAGGAGAGAAGUGGGAGCUCAUUAACUUCCUUCCGCACGUCUUCCCAAACUUUCUUGGCCUUGCAGAGGACAAGCUUGACCCAGCCUACUUGAAGUUUCAUUUCUGCACCUUGAUCUACGGCUAUCCUUCUGGCCAUACUCGUACGGUGGCGGAGGCCACAGGGCAGCUGCCUCCUGCAUCCCGGCACGCGCGGCCACGCCGCUCCCUGGUCACGCAGGCCUACAAGGGGAUCUUGAAAGUAGGCUUGAGGGAUUUUGUGCUUUGCUCCACAUUUCUGAGAAGCUGCAACACCGCCAUCAUUGCCUGCAACUCCCCAGCACGCUGGACACUCGCCAUUGGUCUCCUUCAAGAAGUUGAGGUCAUCGGACUGCAGCUCGAUGUGAUUGGCCUCAACUCUGCGAUGAGCGCAGCAUCAGCGGCUCAGGCCUGGCGCCGGCCCUUGUCCCUGCUCCGCGACUUCGGCGCGCGGCGCCUCACCGCGUCGGCGUUUACUGCCAGCACCGCGGCCUCUGCUUGCGCUGUGGCAUCGGAGUGGAAGGUUGCCCUGGAAGUGCCCGGGUCCUUGGCCGUCUGCGGGGUGUCGCUGACGGCAGAGAGCCUCAACGCGGGUCAGAGUGGUUGCAGCAAAGUCGGGGCCUGGGGCAAGGCUCUGAGCUUCGUCGAAUGCCUCAGGUGCCAAGUACUACAGCCUGACAAGACAAGCUGCAACACUGCCACCACUGCGUGUGCUGCUGGCUCCGCUUGGCCGGCGGCCCUCCGUUUGACGAGCACCAUGUGGCACUGGCAUGUGCCGCCUACUGCCAGGACCACGGUGGCCGUGCUGGGCGGCCUCGGGCUAAGUUGGGCCCAGGCUGCCUUGUUUCUGGAGGAUCAACCCGACUCCACUCGCGAUGCAAUCACUGCCAGCGCCGCUGCGGCGAAACUUCCUUGGCCAGAGGCGCUCGUGGUCAUUGCCACAAUGCCUUGGUCGGAGCUCCGCCCCGACCUGGUUUGCUGGAAUUCCGUUCUUGGGGCCUGCGCCGAAUGCUUUGAGUGGCCAGCUGCUUUGGCCAUCUUAGAAGAGCCGGCCUUUGCCUGGGAUGUUGCGAGCUUCGGUGCCAGCAUGAAAGCUUCCGGCAAGGCAAGCCGAUGGCAGCAUGCACUGCAGCUCGGGGAAGCAGGCAUGAGCUCUGGCACCGACAUCGCGUUCUUCAACACUCUUCUCAGUGCCUUUGAGCGCGGAAGCCAGUGGGAGCGGGCCCUCGAGCUGUUCACCUCCCUGGGCAGCCGCGCAAAUCAGGUGAGCUGCACCACCGUGUUCUCCUCAAUGAUGAAUGCCGGCCUCUGGCUCACAGCCACCCGCUUUGUCGAGUCGCUGCCGAAGGCCUGCCUUCCCGACGCUGCACAGCGAGGCCUCAAGCUCUCCGCGCUCUACCAGCAGAGUCAGUGGGAGGCAGUGCUCUUCCAUGCGCAGGCAUCUCGCCAACGAGACGAACAGCCAGACCAGCUUGCCUGCAACGUGGCCCUUGCUUCCUGCGAGGAGGGCUCUCUCUGGCGGCUGGCACUAACGAUCUUGCAGUCCAUGCCGGACGUGGAGGUGCCUCCGGACGUGUACAGCUUCAGUUCGGCAUUGAGCGCCUGCGCCCGAACAGGCAUGUGGGAACAUGCCAUCGCGCUGCUUGGAGACAUGAAAGACACCCUGGUGACGCCCAAUGAUGUGAGUUACAACUCUGCUAUAAGCAGCUGUGCGGAUGUUGGAAAAUGGCGCUUGGCAUUGGAGCUUCUUGCAGAGCUCUCUGGACAGCUCCUGCAACCUGAUGAACUGUCGUUCAGCUCCGCCAUUACCUCUUGUGGACAAGCCAGCGAGUGGCAGACGGCCCUUGGGCUAUUGGCAUCCAUGUCCCAGGCAGCUGUGAAACCCAACCAGCUCUGCCUUAGCGCGGGUAUCUUCGCAGCUGCCACCGCGUGCGAGUGGGAGGCUGCCAUGGCGUUACUACAGAGCAUCAUGGUCGCAAGGAUGUCUACCGACAGCAUCAGCUGGAGUACGGCGAUCUCUGCCUGCGAAAAGAGUAGCCGCUGGCAGCUGGCAUCCUACCUCCUGGAAGCCAUGCCGGAAGCAGAUCUCUGUCCGGAUGAGUACAGUACUGUAGCUGAAGCUUGA